AAAAUAGCAUCUUGGUUGCUAACCGUAAACAUUCAAGUGCAGCGUGUCUUCUGGACGUAAAGAAUUGGGUAGUGGCUAAGUAAUGUCAAAAUGAAAGGUUAUUUACCUUAAGCAACCGCUUCCUAUUAAUAAUUGUGUAAUUCUGCAGUUAAAGAGUUUAAAACGGAUGUUUUUCAAGCAGUUGUCUAGCUAUCGUUAGCUAAUACCAGGACUGUGGGCGAAUUGAGUAAACAAUUGAGUUGUUACGUUAUAACUGCGAUUUAUCGACAGCAUGAAGAGAUCAGUUACUUUAAGAUGAGGUUGCGUAAAUAUGUCGGAGGGGUGAUAAUCAACCCCUGUUUCGGGCAUUAUCACCAUGGCUGCUUUGGGCUUUACUCCUGCAAGAGAGCAGGACGUUUGGAUAGAGGACACUGAGAAAACAUCCCUUCUUCCAAACGCGAUAAGUGGGGCUGAGGCCAGGUCGUUUUACGAAAGUCUGGUUAAGGAUACUGAAGGUGGCGGAGUAAGGCAGAGCACACUAAAAACUAAACAUCGGAGAAGCAGUGGUAGACGUCAUGUAGACCGAACAGUAGAAAAUAAUAGCAGUCGAGGUGAACACAGCAACGCCAGGACACGAAGACGGAGUCCACAUGGACGACCAGAAAGACCCCAAAGUGGCAAUAGAGCACAGCCCUCCAGGCAGACGGCCCCCACUGAGCUCCACGGCCUCAAACUGCUGCGGUGUGCCCAAGAGGGUGACGUGUCUGGCCUCAACGACUUGCUUUCACGUGGAGUGGACAUAAACUUUCAGGAUUCUUUCUUCUGGACCGCCAUGAUGUGUGCGAGCUCGGCCGGCCAGCGGGCAGCUGUGAGGCUUCUGCUGGGCCGGGGAGCAGCAUGGGUCGGGGUGGUCGACACACGCGGCAGAGAUGCCAGAGAACUGGCACACGAAGCGGGUCACCAAGGGGUUGUGGAGGAGCUGGACGGCUUUGAAACAAACACACCGCAAGUCACACAGCCAGUCACACAAGCUGACAGGAGAUACCCAGUGCGCCAGUGGUGUGAGAUGUGUGGGAGCCACUUCAGCGGCCACGCCUCUUCCCAUCUCUCCUCCACCCUGCACCAGUUCAGCCUGCACCAUCAGCCCCCCACCCCCCAGUACUGCCUCCCCGCCUCCAGCGCCAGCUAUAAGAUGAUGGUCCGCUACGGCUGGGACCCUCGGACGGGGCUGGGCCCGGAUGGGGGCGGGCCCAAGCAGCCUGUGUCUACUGUGCUCAAGAGAGACCACAAGGGCCUGGGCUUUGGACCCAUGAAAAAAGCCCGGGUCACUCACUUCCCCGCAAAGGACCCCCAGGCGGUCAAACUUCCCAAGGCCGUAGAGAGGGAGGGCGGAGGAGACAAGGGGAAGAGGAAAGAGGAGGGCUUGAGGAGGCAGGAGAUUGAUAGGACCUGGGAGAGAGAUUUCCGCUCCUCAUUCAAUUCUUGUGACUAACAGUAACCCCAAGGGUUUAAUCAUCAAUUUUUUUAUGAUGUGCUAUUUUGUAUUCUUUUGAUAACCCUUAGAUAUGAAUGGGUAAUACCUUCAUAUCACUUCACAGGUUAAAUGAAGAUCAAGCAAGUUCACAUGGAUUUAUAUGUAUUUUUUGUGCACCCUCCGGACUACUGCAACAUUUGGUCACGUUUUGAACCAAAAUAUGUUUGAUAAGGAGAUGUGUUAAUUUGUGUUGCAUUUACAAAUCGAACAUGCUAUGGGUAUAAUCCUCAGGGAGAUGAACCAUGACUUAUUAUUAUAACAUGCUUAAAGGAAAUGCCAAUAAACAUGUAUAAUAUGAAAGCCA